UCACCCUGUUAUUCCUAGAGCACUUAUAAACGGCGGUUUCCAAACUGAACCUCUCAGACAGAAGCUGCAGAGAGGAAAGAGAGGACACCUAGUUUGCAGUGCUGCUUUCCACUUCCAGUCGCGUAGUAACUGUUUCCAUGGCAACCGCCCCGUCAACAGUGCUAAGCAACCUCAGGAGCAAUAGAAGGGUAUUUCAUUUUCUUCCCAAGAGGGCUGCUAAGACGAGGUCAAGGAGGAAUUAUGUGAAAGAGAAACGUUAGUUUCUUGAGAAAACAAGAGAGUAGGAAAGGAAGGGAGCAGUGAGAAAACGGACGAGAUACUGGAGUAGUGAGAAAACAGCUGAGUAGUUUUAAGGAGUCAUUUGAUGGCCAUGGAUCCAACGUGCUCUUCUGAGAGCAUUUAUAACCUCAUACCCAGUGACUGGAAGGAGCCUCCCCAGCCUCCUAGGUACAUAUCCAUUUUUAAGACAGCUGUAAAAGGCGACAUGCAAAAAUUUAAGACUGCAAUGAAAACUAUGGGGCCAGCAAAAGUUGAAGUACCUUCUCCGAAGGAUUUCCUGAAGAAACAUUCAAAGGAAAAAACUCUACCACCCAAAGAAAAGUUUGACCGGAAUGAGCCCAAGAAGCCUCCUGUGCCACUGAGGACUGAUCAUCCAGUCAUGGGAAUACAGAGUGGAAAAAAUUUCAUAAAUACCAAUGCGGCUGAUGUCAUCAUGGGAGUGGCGAAAAAGCCUAAACCAAUUUAUGUUGACAAAAGAACUGGCGACAAACAUGAUCUUGAAACAUCAGGACUAGUUCCAAAGUACAUCAACAAAAAGGAUUAUGGUGUCACACCUGAAUAUAUAUGUAAGCGAAAUGAGGAAGUAAAGAAAGCCCAAGAAGAAUAUGAUAACUAUAUCCAGGAAAACCUCAGGAAAGCAGCUAUGAAAAGGCUCUCUGAUGAAGAAAGAGAGGCAGUUCUGCAGGGGCUGAAAAAGAACUGGGAAGAGGUACAUAAAGAGUUUCAGUCUCUCUCUGUCUUCAUUGACUCGAUACCAAAGAAGAUUCGCAAGCAGAAGCUGGAACAAGAAAUGAAGCAACUGGAACAUGACAUUGGUGUCUUUGAAAAGCACAAAAUUAUUUAUAUUGCCAAUAAGAAAUAGAUUUUUAAAGUAUAGUAAUUUUAAAAUCGGGAAAAAAAACAGGGAAAACAUAAAAUGAAACUUUUUUAAAGAGGAAAAUACUGUGAAGAGAAUAAAAAUAGUCUUUAACGAAAUGUGUAGGCAAUUCUUAAAGAAUUAUAUGAGAAAAUUCUGUUUUUACCAGCAUCAGGUUUUUCACAUAUAAACUGAUUAAAGUUUGAUGUUAUAUGUUUCAUAUGCAUUAUAGAAUAAAAUCAUUAUUAUUGUUACAUAGUUUUUUCACAUAAACAUUAAUCUCUGGGCCCUAAAAAAUAAAGUCAGCACUCCAAACUUCAUGUAUUUUUUCUCAUACUGCAUGAUGCAAGGAACAUAAUAUUAAAAACUAUGAAGUAUUUUUUGAACUGGAAAUAGAGGGGUCUGCUUUCUUACUAUAGUGUUUUCCGUAUAUUGUUUCAGAACCUCACACAUUUAACAGCAUAUGUUCUCUACUAGCAUGUGUCAUUUACAGCCAUUCCCAAGCAGAAAUAUUUCCAAUAUCUGUAAUACUAUAUAUACUGAAAAGAUAUAUUUGGAGGAAGAAAAACUAAGAAGAUAACAUGCAAUCAAGAAGAUAACUUUAAAAAUGCAUCAUCGAGGAUGAUUAAAGAGAGAAGCCUUCUUCCAACAUACCAACUCUACUAGUCUUAAAUGUUUUAUUCCAUAAUUCACUAUAUGUAUUUCCCUAAAAUGGGAUGUGACUGUUUCUUUUUGGUCCUAUUUAUCCAUUUUGUGAAUUCUAAAGUUUCCGUAUGUAAGAUUGCAUACUUUAUUAAGCAACAAGUUUAUGUAAGAAGUAGAGCUGUCUUCAUUCAACUCAACUCAGUCUAUAAAUAUGUAAGAAGGGAGAGAUUCUUAUAUGCAAUUUUAGAGAAGUUCAGUAAAAUACAUGAAAUACAAAAUAUCAAAGCAAUAAUAACUUAUACUACUUAUUUUUUUUAAUCCUAUGGACAACACAGGAAAAUAUGACAAUUCUUUUUAGCUUUUUCAUAUACACAGAGUUGGGAGCAUUGUGGAAAAGCUUACUGUAGUUAAUUAAAGAAAAAUGCUUAUGCACAGAUAUUUUUGAAAACUCACUUUAAACUUUUUCACAUCUCUUUAUGAGCAUCAUUUCUUUAUUCCAGUAUUACCUUAGAACAGAUACAAAAUUAAGGAUAGUACAUGAUAAAUUCUCAUUUAUCCAGAGUGGUUGGUUGCCACUUAGGGUAGGCAAAAGUGGUAGCAAUAAACCCCAAAAUGUAUAAUUAAACAUAUUAGAAUCUCAUUUAUUAUGCACAUAACAGUACUGUGCUGUGAAGAAAUUAGCAGGAACACUUUUCCACACAGUUGUUCAGGGCGCCAGACUUACGGAGUGGAUAGCUCCUUUCUUUGCAGAUUUGGGGAAUGCCCUGCAUAGGCCAAGCCUACAAAAGGUGCACAUGAUUUCUGCUUGCAUUUUCUAAGGCAGCAACCCUAGUUCCUUUAACAAACUAUCUCCAAUCUUAGUUGCCUGAUAAAGAUAAAUUUCUUAUUUAUGUUACUGUCCAAUGUGAAUGAGGGUGAGGGUGUACUCUGUUCCAUGCAGUCACUCAAGGAAUCAGUCCCUUUUGCCUAGUGGCUCUGCUGUUACAGCCAGCCUCUCUGCCACGGUUAAGGGUAAGAAGAUGUUUAGGUUAAUAUUUAAUUUGUGAAAUAAUUCCUGUACAUACUGAUUUUUAAAUAAUUCAAAAUCAGCAAUGCAAAAACAUUCUAAUUAUAUGGCCUAUAGUGGUUAUAUUUUGGAGCCAUGAGAGUUGCCUCAAAUGUCAAAAUGAUAAUUUUGUUGUUUUAAUGGAUUAUUUUUCCUCUUGCUUUCUGCAAAUUCAGACUUGUUCUCCAUAGCCCACAGUGUUGUGUAAUAAAUCAAUUCAUUGCCUUUCUCACUCACAGACUUCCUAGGGAAAUUUUCCCAUCCAUUGUACCUAGGAUGAUAACCCUACCAUGGAAUCCCAACCUUGAAAAGUUCCAUUGCAACCUCCCU